AUGUCGACUAAUCCUCUAAGCUCGUCGGCCAUCCUUCAGCAGAUGGCCGAUGCUCUACCUACUCAUCCCCAAGGCGAUACCACAUCUGACUUGAGUAGUUCCCAUGAGGCUCUAGCUUUAUUUUCUCACGCCUGCAUGGCUUCUCUCGGAUUCCGUCUCCUUGGUUUCGAUGAAGAUAAACUUGAAGAAGCACAGUGCCAUGAGUUAGCCCCUCGGCUUCCGCCGAAUUGGAAUGCGUCGUUCAACACAUAUGCAUUUGUCUAUGCGCACCAGCAAUCAGCCCUUCGCUUCGUUAUCAGAACUGAUCGGAUGGGAGGCAAAGCCGAGAUCCGUGGCCUGGGUAUUAAUGACGAACGUAUCACGCGCGUUGAAGUCACCAUAAAGGAUUUCAUCUCUAACGCGGCUCUUCCUGUCAGAAUAGCCAUCGAUGGCGAUGGCGUAGAGGAUCGCUCCAACCUACCACAGACCCUACAGAAUGUUUUCAUCUCUGGAAGCCGUAUCGAGGACCUGGCUAGUCUGAUCAAAAUCAAUAUUGUCCAAAAACUCCUUCCUUCUCUUCAGAAAGAAGGCUACGAGGAAUCUGCUGAUGACAGAGCCGCGCGCGACGAUGCUGACGAAGCGGGUCGAAGACCGCCAAGACAGCCUGUAAUACCGGAUCCACUGCCCCAGCCGGCACAGCCGUACCCUUAUAAUGACCCCCUUAGCCCACCGCCCCGCAACCCGGUUCCGGCUGGCGAUUUCCCACCACCGGGCUUCGAAGACCCUUACGACAUAAACCGUCCAGCGGGAAUUCCGCUACGACAGCCUGCCCGAAGCCCAUUUGGGAAUAUUGGGGCUGAUGAUCUACACCCCCCUGGGCUAGGACCGCAUGAUCCGCUCCGUCCCGGAUUAGGCAUUGGAGGGGGCCUACCGCGACCUGGUGGAGGUCAAGGCAUGCAUCCAACUUUUGAUGACCCUCUAUUCGGAGGCCUUGGCGGUGGAAAUGGUGAAUUUGACCCUCAGGUACCACCGGGAGCUCGUUAUGACCCCCUAGGUCCGGGAGGCCUCCCAAGGCUAGGAGGCCGCAGGCCAGGGGGAGGAAGCGGUCCAUUUGGUGGAGGGUUUGGAGGAUUUGGUGGAGGAGAUAUCAUUUAA